AUGUCUGACUUAGGUAGAAAGAACGUUUCCGAUAAGGUUUCUGAAGCUAUUACUCCAGAUAACCAAAAAAGCACUUUGGAAAAGACCAAGGAAACCGUCACCGACCGUGUUGACGAAUUUGCUGGUAAGAGCAUCCCAGAAGACCAAAAGUCAUUUGGUCAAACCAUUUCUGACAAGGUUCAAUCUGGUCACGAAGAUGCCAAGGAAGCUGUUAACAAGGACCAAGCCACUUUAGCUGACACUGUUGGUGAAUACGUUGAAUCUGCUAAGGAACAAGCUGCCAAUGCUGCUGAAUACAUCUCUGGUGUUGUCAGUGGUGGUGCUGAAGGUGCCAAGAAGGCCGCUGAUGAUAUCACCAAGAAAUAG